AUGCCCCUCCUCUAUCACCACCGCCGCCGCCGCCAGUCCAACCCCAAUCCCGGCCCAGGCCCAGACCCAGACGACGACGACGACCCCACGGCCUCAAACCUCGUCAACAUGUACUUCCUGAUCCUGGCGCUGUUUGCCGUGCUGCUCGUGUGCACGCUAUGGUACUGGCGGCGCAGCAAGCGCAAGGAGGCGCUUGUGUCACUGGGCGUGCGGCAGACGGCGCUCGUGGCGGAUCUGGAGAUGCGGAGGAGGCGUGGGGAUGCUGGUGGUGGUGGGGGUGGUGGGAGUGGGGAGGAGGCGGAGGGGAGGGGAGGCGCCGCCGCCGUAUGUGACGAGGCCGGAGAGGGCCGCGGGGGGGUUGCCGAAAUAUGA